UACUCGUUUUUAUUUCAUUGUCCGGGGGGGAAGCAGUUUACGAGCGAUCUGCGCGGGGGUGGAGGUGGCUGGUUCAACUCUCGCCCCGAUCUGCAGCUGGGCUUGUCAGUCUGCGCCGCGUUGAUGUUGCGCUUUCCCCCCAAAGAUGGCACUGGAUGUCUUUCGCAUUUUCUUGGGAUAUUGUUUUUCAUCCCCUAGGGAGCCCAGCUCUUGGCUGGUACAGCUGUAAAUCUUUCCCUUUUCGCAUUCAUUCACCCUUGAUCUGUUGUGGAUUUGUAUUCAGUGCUCGUGAGGAAGGCUGCUUCUUGUGUGGGGUAGGAGGAAAUUCUUUGCUGGAGAGUGGCGAGGCACUGGCCCAGGUAAAAACUGUGAAUGCGCCCAUCCCUGGAAGUGUCCAAGGCCAGGUCGGAUGGAGCUCUGAGCCACCUGGUCUAGUGGAAGGUGUCCCUGCCCAUGGCAGGGGCUUUGGGACCGCAGAGUCUUUUAGGUCCCUUCCAACCAAGCCAUCCUGUGAUUCUGUUCUGUGAAUUAGAAGGGAGAGUGUUUGGUUUUCUGUUUAAUCUGGUGACCACAAAGCCCACACAGGUGAUGUUAGAUGUAAAAUGAAAUCUUUGACUACUGGAUGAGGACAAAGAUGUUGUCACGGCAGACGCUGUCACUUUCUGCCCAUGGUGACUGCCUGCUAGAAGAAACAAUUCCUCCUCUUGUUCUUCCUGUGCUUCCACACCAUGGUGCCUUUUACUGUCUGGAUUGGGGAACAGCUCCAUGCUGGCUGUGGUCUGGGUACACAGGAUACUCUCGUGGCAUUAUUGGAUGAGGUUUUGAAAUGCGUGAUAGCACUCACCUUUCUCUGCUUUCAGGUAAACACAUCCCGGGGGGGGUCAAAAGGGACUUUUCCUCUGGCUGGCAGUAAAGAAAAGCAGUUUGUUGUCUUGGUUCCCUGCAUAAAUGUGGCGCUUAAAUACUCAGCUACAUUUUUGUGUAGGUGCAGAACUGUCACUGCAGUUUUCUCAGUGUUGCAACCUUCGAGUCUCUCACUAGGCAGGAUGGAAAGGGAUGGAAACGUGUAACAUCUCAACUAUUUUCCCACUAUUUAAAAGAUAGACGAGCAGAUGUUCUGUUUAUUUGAGAAGCUUUUAAUCUCUCUUUUGAAAAUGGGUUUGUUCUUUGUUUGUGUUUUGAGGUUCUAGCUGAGGAGUUUUUAUCUGCUCUUAACGUUCUCAUGAACGUUCAGGUACUUUUUGUUUGACACCUAGUUCAUCUAAGCCUUUUCUAGCCCAUUCUUCUUUCACACUCCGGCCUGUGGUCAGGAAAUAUUUGAAAACAGGCUGUUUGCAGCCUUGCUUUAAUUAUAUAAAGGAGCAUAUUAGAUGUGUAGGCUGAGUUACUUUCUCACAGAAAAUGUCUUGGCCACUUGACAGCACUUAGUUCAGGACUCUGUAAUGCACAUACGUCACUUGAAGAGGGAGACUUUCCAAAUGCACUAGGAAGCAAAUCUGUGGAGCCUUCUGAUGCUGCACAUUCAGGGAGAAGAGUGAGAACUGGGCUCGUUCCUCACUCUGCCAUACGGAACAGGAACAUGACCGUAGUGGUGUUCUUGGCUGUUUCCAGCUCAGUGUCAGGGGCAUUCGGAAUUGCUGUUGCUAGAGACAGAUGCUGAGUUCAGUAGCAAGGGAGAGGCACUUCCCAUGGCUUGCCAAGAAGGCAUACAAGUUAAUACUGGAUUUUUAUUUUUUACAUUUUUUUUUAAAUGGCAUGGGGUCUCCUUUGAAUUCCUGAUCCAUGAUGCCAUACCCAGACUCUCCCCAUUGCUGGACUUUGGCCAGAUCCUCAGCACUGCUGUAAUCCCCUGCUGAAAGUGAUCAGUACCAGGAUUUCAGAUGCAUGCCAGGUUCCCGCUGAAUGCCAGCAGCAGAGAUCACUACAGAUGGAGCCCCAAAGUCAGCACGGCAGCGGCGGCUCCCUGGUGGUGAUUCAGCAGCCCUCCCUGGACAGCCGGCAGCGCUUGGACUAUGACAGGGACGGCCAGCCCGCCACCAUCUUGUCACUGGACCAGAUCAAGGCCAUCAGGGGCAGCAACGAAUACACCGAGGGGCCGUCGGUGGUGAAGAAGCCGGCUCCGCGGACGGCGCCGAGGCAGGAGAAGCACGAGAGGACUCACGAGAUUAUACCGAUAAAUGUGAAUAACAACUACGAGCACAGGCCCGGCCAGGGGGGGCACGCGGCCCACCCGCAGAACGCCAGGGCUCCCGUGCUGAGCCGCUCCACCAGCACGGGCAGCGCGGCCAGCUCCGGCAGCAACAGCAGCGCCUCCUCGGAGCAAGGGCUGCUGGGGCGCUCGCCGCCCUCCCGGCCGGGCUCCGGCCACAGACCCGAGCGGACGAUCCGGGCGCAGCCCAAGCAGGCGGCGCUGAUCGUGGACGAUCUGAAGGGGCCUCUGAAAGAGGACUUGACGCAGCACAAGUUCAUCUGCGAGCGGUGCGGGAAGUGCAAGUGCGGGGAGUGCACGGCGCCGCGGGCCCUGCCCUCCUGCCUGGCCUGCAACCGGCAGUGCCUGUGCUCGGCCGAGAGCAUGGUGGAGUACGGCACCUGCAUGUGCCUGGUCAAAGGCAUCUUCUACCACUGUUCCAACGACGAUGAAGGGGACUCGUACGCGGAUAAUCCCUGCUCCUGCUCCCAGGCACACUGCUGUUCUAGGUACCUGUGCAUGGGAGCCAUGUCCUUGUUCCUGCCUUGCUUGCUCUGCUACCCUCCGGCCAAAGGAUGCCUAAAACUCUGCCGGGGCUGCUACGACCGCGUCAAUCGUCCGGGCUGCCGGUGCAAGAACUCCAACACGGUCUAUUGUAAACUGGAGAGCUGCCCCUCCCGGGGUCAGGGCAAGCCCUCAUGAUUUUGGGAGGGAGGUUUACUUCCUCCAACUUCAGUUUUUCAGGUUGUAGCUGAUUUUUUUUCCCUCUCCCCAUCUUUUCUUCUUCCCCCCUCCUCUCCCAUUUUGGGAGGACUGUUGCUUUCCUUUCCUUUCUGUCUGCCCAACUCCAGACAUAUGAGCUCUUCCCCUUGCAUCUUUGCUCUCCUCCUCCUGCUGACUUGGCUGAGUGUGGAGCGUUUCAUGCAGUCACUGCUGCUCUUUGGUAAGUGUGGACCUGGGAUCUGCACCUGCUGCUCCUUCGGGCAGGGUCUUUGAGUUUUUAACUGAACCACUCCUGAAAGAGACAGUGAGGGCUCACUGGGCUCUUGAAGCUUCUUGCUCUGUGAAUAUCUUCCCAAAGAUGGUUUUUUUUUUGUUCUCAGCAAGUUAUGGUUUUUUUCUCCUUAACCUACUGGGUGCCAAGGAAGAGUAACUUUCCUGAGUGAGCUGGAUUGUGAAAUAACUUUUUGUGUGUGUUCUUUCUGGAGAGGGAUGUAAAAUAAAGGCUUCACCAAAUGAAAGGCCUGACUCUUCUAUAAGCAGCCUGCUUCUUUUUGCAUCUUUUUUUUAUCCCCUCUCUCUUUUUCUCUUAACUUUUGGAACAUUCUCAGACCUGAGAAUUGUCCAGCCUUUUUUUUUCUUUUUUUUUUUUUUUUACAUUUUCAGUGUAACUUCAGUUUUUGCUACACUAUGUAGAUCUUCACAUUGGAGACAUUGUGGCUGCAACAUACUCAUUUGUUUCUUCUGCUGUCCAGUCUUUGAAGGAUAUUGCUUACUCCACCCUCCUAAUCCAGUUUUUAUAGUCUGUCAGUAUCAGUUGAUAUUAAAGUUGGUGGUGUUCAUAUAUCCAAACAGCCUUCAGGUGUCAUUGAGUCACCUAAAUGUUCUUGAAUCCUUCAAGUCUCUUGUGAUCCUUUGGCUUAGUGGGUUUAGCUCUGCUCUGUACUUUAUAAUUUUAUUCUGUCCCUGUUUUAUUGCCUUAGCCACGAAUUGUGGUCCUUUUUUGUAUAUUUUAUGUAUAAAACACAAAGUUGAAUCCCAACUAUUUUUAAGACAAAAGUCUGUUAAAACUUUUUUUAUUGUAAAGAAUAUUUAUUAUGUGAAUCUCUAUUAUUUUAUGAUAUUUAUUGCAAAAGACUUCAAAAAUGUACUCAUGUCUGAAUAUAACAAAAUAUCAAUACUUAACGAAAUAAGGAUGACACGAAGAAAGUACAUAUGUUAACUAUAAUGCAGAAAAUAUAUUAAUUAAUGAAAAUGCCUCUGGAGUUCUUUUGUUACAAUGAUAGGUUGUGAGCUACCUGUGUGUAUUGCUGGGCUCUUCCUCCUCCUUCAGGUCUGUCAGGUGACAAAUAACCUCCUAUUGAUACUUCAAAGCCACUAGUCUGUGCUCUAGUUUAGUUUACUUAAUUUUAAGUUUAAGCCAACCAUGUAUCAAAUAAGGGAUGUUUAAUACAAUUGAAUCUGUGUUGUGCUUAACAGUGCCAAGAAAUAGAGGCUCUAUUUAUUUACCAAAGCAUUUGGAAAUACAUUUGUGGAGGAGGAAACCACAACUUCCAAGUUGGUUUCUUUUUUGGUGUUUGUUUUGUUUUGUUGUUUUUUUGUUUUUUUUUUUUUUUUUUAAGGAAUACCACAUUAACAUGCAAAGCCAUUUUGAAUUUUCCUAUAUAGAACUUCCUGGCUGGUUAAAUUGUGCAACAGCGUAAGAAAUUAAUCUCCCCACCUCAAUUCUAAAUAAAAAGCUUGGAGCCAGGAUGAAAAAUAGUGAUUGUGUUGCUGUAGUUUGGUAGCUUUGAAAUCUGGGAAUGUAUGUGUUUGGGCCUAUGUCUAUGACUUAUUUGGUUCUUUUCCCAUAGUUUUCCAAUGUCAACUGAGUCUUCUGUCUUUAAAUUAAAGGCUCUUAAGGUUGACCUAAGUGUCACAGCUACUUGUGGCCAUUUAACACACAUUCAACAGAAAAAGCUUUUCAUUAACAGUGAAUGGGGAGACCUCAUUCUUUUCCUCAUGUGGGUCAAGGCUACAUCACUAUUCUCCUGAACUUUAAAAGUUUUAAAUGGAUGCAAUUUCACAUGGCGUUCAGAGUAAGUGGUUCUAGAGAAACUCCACUUCAGAACAGAGCAGUGACUUGACAAAUGUGUCAUAUCUUGCUCUUUUUUGAAGUCCUGCUGCUUUGCAUUACCAUAUUCAAGCUGCUCUGACUCCCAGCACGGUGAUGAUUUGAAUAAGCUCGGCUUUUUGUAGUUAAUUCCAUCCCAGCUGAUGCAGUGUCAUGGAACAGAGCUGACUGAGAAGCUGAUUUUUUAUUAAGCAGCACAGAUGACCCCUGAGAGGUACAGAGAGACAUCAUCAUCUGAGUACACCCAGCAAUGCUUUGCAAGGUGCCGGUGGUUGCUGCUCCUCUGUGUGACAGAAGUGACAGCCUGGGGGGGCAGCACUGGAUGCACGUGGAUUCUGCUUUCCAAGAUUUCCCGGGAGGAAGCAAAGGCAGGAAUGUUCCUGAGGAGCAGGGACUCGCUCUCCUUCGCUGUCCCCGCGCGUCUCGAGGAGCGACAGCUGCAGACGGCCCACGGACACAAUGGGGGCCUUGUGCAGCGCUGGCCAGAGACGCCCACUGGUAACUGUGUGCUGGCACCCGGGAACACGGAGCCAGCUGCCUCCUCUGCUGCACCACAGCCAGCUCCCCAGCACCCCUGUGUGCUCCAAGGGUGCUGCUCCCGCCUCCUCAAGGAAAACAUUACCCUCUGUACCUCUGUCUCUUUUUUCAGCCAGGUGACUGAUUUAUCUGGGGGCUUGGGUUGGUUCCUAGCAGAAGAGAAGAAAUCCCAAAGGAUGCACAUGUUCUCCAUCCUUUAAUGUUUGUCUUCCAUCAGGAGCUAGGUUGUGACACUGUUUCUGAUCUCUUUUUUAAGACAACAGCUAUGCUCUAGUUAGUCAUGCUAAUGCUGCCUUUACUAACCAGAUUUUGGGAAUAACUUGAGGUUGCAGUGCCUCUGGAGAAAAAAUUACUGGGACCUACACAGCAAAGAGAAGAAAACAGUUCCUUGCAGGUCUUACAUGGCUUACUCAUUGCCAGGUAGAGCAGACAGUGUUAGAAAAAUGAGAAUAAUGUGUAUUUCUCUUGGGUUAGAUGCUGUAUGCUUUGUAUUUAACAUAUAAAUAUGUGGGCACACAGUUUGUGGUAACUGGGAGUGGGGCUGCAGCUGAGCCUCAUCCCUAAUUGGCUACAGCCGUGCAGAACAGGUGAAUGCUAUUGAAGGUAACGAGAGCCCAGGGGCACUGCCCAACCACCAAGGGAGCAGAGGGCACACAGGUGCAGGGCAUCAACAGGAGGGGAUAAAAGGCUGGGCUGAGGGACAAGAAGGGCAGAUACUUGCAGCCUUCUGAAGAGACAGGGUCUUACUGUGUAUGGGCAGACACCAGAGGCCUUCUGAUGAGGUAAGGUGUUACUGUGUAUGGGUGAAUGCUUAAAGCCUUCUGAAAGUGUGUGGUGAUACUCCGUGUGUGUGGCUGUCUCAGCUGUGACACAAAUAUAUCUGAGCUUGCUCCUGCCUACUCUGGAAUGUAAGAUCAUUGCCACUGUGCCAUGGAGGUGACUGGGGAUUCCUUCAGGCAGUUUUGUGGUGUAGAGCCAUGCAGGGUUGGGUGAGAGCACAUGAAUGUCUUUCCAGCUGAAAGAGAAGGGAGCAAGCUGGUGGCUGGAGGAAGUGAAGCUGUGAAGCCUCCACAGCCUGAAGAAGCACAGGUUACUUUAAAUAUGCCCCAAGUGGUCAGCCACUGUGUCUGUUCCACUUUCCACAGUGGAAUGGCCAUCCAAGGAUGCUGUGUCCUGUUGGAAGGGGGGUUGCUGAGGCGGUUUCCAGCAAUUAGGGCACUGAAGUGCACAUUUCAGUCCUUCAACUCCACAUUUAUCAGCAGCCUGUUUGAGGUGACUCCUCCAUGUUUGCAGAGCACCAGACUGUCAGAGCCUAUUGCAGUGUAGCUCAUAACAAUUACUUUUUUUUUCCUGAUAUUUCUGAGAUCCUGUUUUGAGAAGCCAAGAGAACUCUGUGUAAAAUGGUGGUGUAAUUAGGCAGUAAGUUCAGCUGACCUACUGACCUAAUUGCAUGGGUGAUGGAUUUGGCUGAGGCUGCCAUCUGCUUCCAACAGCAAAGGCCUCCUUGGACAUGUAAGGUCUGGGCUGAAGGAAAAAGGAAAGUCCAGCAAGCUGGAAUUCUUGCUUUGCUUAGUGUCUCAAAACUCAUGAUAAGAGAGAUGAGUUUAGGAAACAGUACUUUAGCAAUAAAAACAAUGGGUAGAUAAAGUUUCCAUGUUCCAUGCUGGAGGAAUCCAUGGCUGGGGUGGGAAUUUGCCCUCAGAGUUGGGAUGUUUCUAUAAAGAUAGCUCCAGUACACCAAUGCUGGGGUGGGCGAGGGCACUAUCCAAGGGGGAAUAAUGCCUAGCAAAUGAAAAGUACUUAUUUAUGGCUCCAUAUCAUAAAGACAGGUGGGAGAGGAUUAGCUCCUCUGUCUGUGAUAAAGCAAAUCUGUUAAGAGGGAUUAAAGGGGCUAGAUGAAGUGUUUUAAUGGACUUAUAUGAAGUAAUAGAUUUUUGUCCUGGAGGAAUGUUCAGGACUCACUGAUACUUCUGCAUUUCUUGUUCUGCUAAAAUUGCCUCCAAAUUCUAAGGAAUCCUGAUUAAUUGUUGGCCUUCUUCCAGCUGGAGCAUUUGUGUCAGUCAUAGUGGUGCUUAAAAAAAACCCUGGAAUAAAAUUCUGUUCUGCUGUCACAAAGCUGGAUUUAGCAGCCUUACACAGCACAUGGGGCUGCACAGGUCUUGUUCCGAUGACCCUUCAUUUGCAGGGCAGUUUGCUUUUGGGGCAGCUCUUAUCAUUUGUAGUUCUUCCCUGGGGUUGUCUUUCACCUUCCUGUGGUUGGUGGGAGGAGCCAAGGCAUGGCUUCUUCCCCUGGCGUGACUUCCAGCCAUGAGGAGCCUGUGGUAAGGAUCUGCUCAAAAACCUUGUGACCUCCAGAGUGAUAUUUACAGCUUGGUUUAUAUUUGUGAUAAAGGGGUGCAGCGCAGUUGGUUUUCCCAGGAGCUGCCAGUCCUGCUCCUCCUGGUGAAGCUGUCUUGAGAUACUGCCUCAUUUACUUACCAAUAAAUACAAAUUUGGGAAAGUCUUCCUGCAAACCA